AUGUUUGUGAUCGAUUCUGCAUGCCUCACUCUUCGAGAGAUGGCCGGCAGCAACGACGGAAAAUUGGCUGUUGAAGCCUUGCUUCGUUUGUCACUCAAGGGAUUUUUUCCAGCUGCCAAUGAAGUUUGUCAUUUGGCGCCAGGUGCUCUUGGAACGGCGUCAACGUUUCUACACUUUGUCACACGCUACAAUCGCAUCCCAACUCCUCGAGUGAGCACAUCUGGCAGGGUGGAACUUUACUUCCAAGGAUCAACUGAUCCCAUCAGCGGAGCCCUCGUGAAUCAGGUUCUUGCAAACCUGGGUGCAGCUGCGGCACUCUCCCGUCGAGCGGAAUCACCUUCUGAUUGGCCUUGCCAGGCACUCCAGGAAAUUUGCAAGGCUUUGAAUGGUGACCCAGAAGGUUUUGCAGUUCAGAAGGUGAUGGACAUGCUUUUUAGCAAGAAUGUGUCUGCAUAUCAAAUGCCGUCGCUAUGGCCGCUAUGGGCUGCAAAAAGAGAGGGCCCUGCCAAACCACGUGAAGACACAGCGCAUCCUGACAUUGCUUUCCUUGCUUUGGAAUAUUUGUUUGACCAGCUACAGGCAGAUAAGUGGUGGAAGUUCCUCAAAGAUUCGCAGGAGCCACAACCCAGAGCCACAGCUGCGCGCAAGGCUGUUGCCUAUUUGCUGUUCACGCAAGGACCUGGCAAGGACAAUGCCAACACACCUACAGCAGCAACCCUUCUCCAUGACCCAGACAUGCUUGUACGCAGAGCCGCUGCCAGGGCGCUCUGUGAAGGAGUCCGUGGGAAAGGUUCCAUGAAACAGCAGCAACUUGAAGAAGUUGUGGUUGAGCUCACUGCUGCCCUGGAAGAUACAGAUGACAUGGCAAAAAGCGCAGCGUAUGCGCUGGCAGCGAUUCAACACAUCCAUCAAGACAGCAUUUGGCCACUCCACGAGAAUGCUUUGGUGCGCUUGGAAUUCAUCCAAGCAGCAGCUGAUGCACCUGAUUCCAAAUCUUUGCACCAACUAAUUGUGGCAGUGGAAGACCAGAGCCUUGCAGUUCGAGAUCGAGCGUUGCUUGGCAUUGCCCAGUUUGUUUUCGAUGAGCUGGAUCGCAAAGUUUCGCUUUUCGGCCAGCCAUUAAGAACUGAUAGAAAGGUGCAGCAGAUGGUGUGGGAUCGCUUCAAGGCGGUGUCUUCAAUGUCUUCCAUGUCUUCAUUGCUUCAAGACCCUGAAUAUGAUGCCACGCAAAAGCCACCGGACGAGAGGCGGGAUGCCAAGAGUCAUGGUCCGUCACCACCCCCCUUUCUGUGGAGACAGUGUCCGCCUGAGCCAGUUCUGGACUUGGGUUUUGCCGCCAAAGAUUCGAGCCAGCAAACCAUUUCGGAUGCGGCCACUGAUGCAGGCGCACCGUUGCUCAGGUUAUCUCAGGUUUUGGGCCCUGGCCACAUAGCGAUCUUGCAGAAAGUGAUCCAACUUUUUUCUUUGGGGACUCGCUUGGAAGUCGUCCCGAAGCCCGACCUUGGGGAUUCGGCGGUCGCUGCCCUGUUUCACAGUUUCGGCAUCACCUUCCGACCCACCAACGUCGAUGGUGCCUUGGCCGAUGCCUUCGCACGGUUGCAUAUUGAACAUGGAUCUGAAAUUAUCUCAACGUGGAACUGCAAGAUUUUGUGCGAUUCUUGA